ACAAGUUUACAAAACAGUUGAAAAAGUUCGUCGUUAAGAAAAAUAAAAUUUGUAAAACGAAGAAAACGAAACACAACAUGGCCAAGAAAAUGAGUUCGACAGGAAAAUUGAGAUUUUUUCCUUUAAACAACGAUAAAAAUUACUUACCUUACGUAGAUACAAAUUCAAACAGUUGCAUUUGCUAUAGAAAUGAAAGAACCAUUCAAUGUACAGGAUGUGGAUUUAUAGCUAAAGGACGUGUGGCCAGGCAAUGCAAAUAUCAUCAAUCGGUGAUAUAUUUAUUGGAUUUUAAGUCAUGCCCAUUUUGUGACGCUCCUGCUGAAUGCAUCAAGGAAUACAUUACCAACGAGCACAGUGAAUCACCGAAUACAUCCUACACAUUACAAGAUUUUAUUAAUACCAGUGGAAAUGAUCUCAACAAUAAUGCUCCUAAAUAUUAAAAAUUUCAUAUUUUGUGUUUUCUUUUUCGUACUGUUUUUUGUUGAUUUACUAUAUAGCUAAGGAAUUUUGAGACCUUUCAAUUUGUUUAAUUGAUUAAUCUUUAAAACUAAUUGACAUUUAUAAG